GGUGAAGGCAAACCAACCCACUCCCCUCCCUCACACACACGACUCCCGUGUAUAUAUCCCCAAAUAUCCAACUUCUCUCUUUAACUUCUAUUCACAGGAGCUUCGUAACAUCCGCACAUGUCUAUCCCGUAUAAACAGGUAAAAAAUUAGGGUUAGGGUUUCGAAACAAUUCCGCCAUGGAAAUCGGAGAAGAAAACACCGAAAACCACCUCAUAGAUUCCACAACAACCGUAUCAACAGAAGUAUUGAUUGAAAACGAUACCGUCAAUGAUAACAAUUUAGAAAAAGUUGUGUCAGAAUCGAACAUUCAAGACCUAAAAGGCGAAGAAAAAGAAUCGUUCGUUACGGUCCCCGAAUCGGACGAUUCGAAACCCGUUCUCACGGCGGCGGUGGAGGAAACAGCGGCGGAGACGGUGGAGGAGGAGGUUGAGGACGGUGCUGCUGGAGAUGAAAUCUCCACCGUUGAUGUGAUAGCUGAAGAUGAUAACGAGUUAAUUGCAGUAGAGGAAGAUAUUAACAACGGGGAGAAUAAUAAUAAUAUUAAUGUAAGUGAUGAGACAGAGACUGUGAAAAUGGAGGAAGAAGUGAUGACAGAUGUUAAGAGUGACACACAGACGGAAAAUGUUGAAACUGUGCAAGGAGAUGAAGAAAUAACUGAAGGUCAGGAUGAUGUUGAUGAGGAGAAACCUGUUGGUGUUACGGAAGUUGACGACGAAGGAGAACCGGUGGAGGCGGAUGAGGAUAAGCUGGUGGAUACGGAUGUGGAGAGUGAUGAAGAGAAAGCAGGGGCGGAAUCACCGGAGCAGUCUGUUAAAACCCGGGGGUGCCGGGGGAAGAAACGGAAAAGAGGAGGGAAGACGCCACAGGCUACUCCGAAAUCUAGUGGUGGAGGGCGGAAGACGGUUGAGGAGGAGGAUGUUUGCUUCAUGUGUUAUGAUGGUGGAGACCUUGUGAUAUGUGAUAAGCGUAAUUGCCCUAAAGCGUAUCAUCCUGCUUGCAUUAACCGGGAAGAGGCGUUCUUUCAAACUAAGGGUCGAUGGAAUUGUGGCUGGCACCUGUGUAGCAACUGUUCAAAGAAUGCUGAAUAUAUGUGCUAUACAUGCACAUUUUCCUUGUGCAAAUCAUGCAUUAAAACAGAUGUUAUAUUAUGUGUCAGAGAGAAAGAGAAGAAAGGAUUUUGUGAGUCUUGCAUGAAUAUGGUGAUGUUAAUUGAAAAAAAUUCACAGGAAAAUCAGGGAAAUAUAGACUUUAAUGACAAGAAUAGCUGGGAAUAUCUGUUUAAGGAUUAUUGGACAGAUAUGAAAGCAAAACUUGAUCUCUCUUUAUCGGAACUUGCUGAGGCGAAGAAUCCUUAUAAGGGAUCCAAGCCAGCUGGCAAACAAGUGCUUCCAGCUGGACAUUCUGACGGUGAUUCAGGAUCAGAAAAUCCUUCUGAGAAUCUAGAAAGUCAAACAAGGAAGACCAGAAGCAGAAAGUCAAAGAAGCCCAAAACUCGUGGUUCUGCUGCCGGUGCUUCUGACGGGGUCCAGUGGGCAUCAAAAGAACUACUUGAAUUCGUCACACACAUGGGAAACGACACAUCGUAUCAGUCUCAGUUUGAUGUACAAGCUCUCUUACUCGAAUACAUUAAAACAAACAAACUUCGUGAUUCUCGCCGUAAAAGUCAAAUUAUCUGUGAUGCAAGACUGCAAGGACUUUUUGGUAAACCGCGUGUAGGCCAUUUUGAGAUGUUAAAACUUCUUGAAUCUCAUUUUCUUAUUAAAGAAGACGAUAAUAACCAAGGGAGUGUGGUUGAUACUGAAACUAGCCCCUUAGAUGAUGAGAAAACGAAAGAUAAAAAACGUAAAAACCGCAAGAAAGGUGAUCAAGAGCUUCAAUCCAAUCGUGAUGAUUAUGCUGCCAUCGAUAUCCACAAUAUAAACUUAACAUAUAUAAAACGGAAGUUGGCAGAGGAUUUACUUGAUGAUACCGAAUCGUUUCAUAGCAAAAUUGUUGGUGCUUUUGUUAGAAUAAGGAUCUCUGGUGCUAAUCCUAAUCAGGAUUUAUAUAGACUGGUGCAAGUUACAGGUACUACUACAGGUGCUCAGUAUGCGGUUGGCAAAAAGAAGACUGAUAUCAUGCUUGAAAUAUUGAAUCUUAACAAAGCGGAAUCUGUAUCUAUUGACACCAUUUCAAAUCAAGAUUUCACUGAGGAUGAAUGCAAGCGUCUUCGACAAAGUAUAAAGUGUGGCUUUAUAAAUAGACUGACAGUGGGGGAUGUUCUAGAUAAAGCCAUUGAACUUCAGGCAACCAGAGUAAAUGAUUGGCUUGAAACAGAGGUUGUGCGUCUUAGUCAUCUUCGUGAUCGAGCAAGUGAUUUAGGGCGUAAGAAGGAGCUCAGAGAAUGUGUUGAGAAGUUAGAAGUUCUGAAAACACCUGAGGAACGUGCACGUAGGCUACAAGAUAUUCCCGUGAUUCAUGAUGAUCCUACUAUGGAUCCAAAUCAUGAAUCUGAAGAUGACACAAAUGAAAAUGACAAAAAACAAGAUAUGUACAAUAGCUCUGGGGGUUCUAGAUUUAGCAAAAGACGAGACUACCCUUCAAAAGAAUCUUGGAGAGGUAAUGGUACAGGUACAGGUACAUCUAGAAAUUCUGGAAAGAGUUAUGAGUUUAGCAGAAGCUUGUCGAGUAACGAUUUUUCGAAAAAAGUUGAAGAUCCUGUUACUUCUCCACGAAUGGGCCUCCUGCAUAAUGAUAAUAUUCGGGAUGAAGGAAGAGAUAGAGUCGUACAACCACCACCAAGUGCAUUAAGGAAACCAAGUUCUGCAAGUGAAACAGAGAAAAACGUUAGUUCAACAAAAGAUGGCGCUUCGGAAACAGAGAAAAUAUGGCAUUACAAGGAUCCAAGUGGGAAAAUUCAGGGUCCGUUUUCUAUGGCACAGUUGCGUAAAUGGAACAACAAUAAAUUCUUUCCUGUGGAUUUGAGAAUAUGGAGAACAAGUGAGAAGGAGAAAGAUGGUAUUCUUUUAACUGAUGCUUUAGAGGGACGGUUUACAGUUAAAGUUGAGAAACAUGGUUUUGCUAACCUUCCUUCUCCGACUCCAAUUCAAAGUUUGGGACAUGUGGGCCCGACUGUGGGUCCUAGUUCGUAUCACGAAGGACUGCAGUCACCUACACCGAAUGGUACUACCCAAUUGGCUGCAUCGAUGGUUGCUGGUGGAAACAAUGAGCCUAAUGCAAUGGUUCACACCCUUGCUGGUCAAAAUGCUUAUGGUUGGAGUGGUGGUGCGCCGCUUCAGACUCAAGUGACUCAACAACCGAACCAGUGGGCGGCGGUUCAGAAUCCUGCUGGGAACUUUUUGCAGCAGCCACCCCAACCAAACGUCAGCUGGCCUGCAGUGCCUCCAAAUCCGAAUAUGGGAUUGGUAGGACCCACUACAGGUAAUCAACCAAUGAAUUGGGGAACAGUUAACGUUAACCCUUCAUGGGGUCCUGGUAAUGUCGGUAAUGUGAACCCUGGUUGGGUUCCUCCACAACCGGUUCUAGCGGUCGCACCAAAUCAAGCCUGGGUUGGUGGUCCAGGUCCAGGUCCAACCCAAGCGCCAAUAGUUUCUGGGACUGGAAACCCGGGUGAGGUGGCAUCAGCUGGGAAUUCAAACUGGGGUUCACCAAGGCCUAGGAACGGAAGCAGGUGGGAUGGAAAUGAACCUUACAACAGAGGUAGAGGUGGGGGUUCGGGUUUCAAUAGUAACAGAAGGCAUUGGGAGAAACAAGGAUCGUUCAACAACAGAGGGCGUUGAAGCGAGCUUAGGUAUGAUGCAGGUUUUUUACAGUGUUUCUGGGUAGAUGUUUCUUUCGGGUUAUUUUAGGCUGUUAUCUGUCUUGUCUUUGAAAGUUGUAAAACAUGUGCACAGCAGGUGUAGGGGGGUAGAUACUUUCGCAAGCCUUUUCUCGUGCUUAUGUGUAGGGGGUAGAUACUUUGGCAAGCCUUUUCUAGUGCUUAUGAUAUGAUUAACAUAGUAUCGACCGUAGUUAUGUUGUUACGCUGGAUCUUUUUAUUGCAAUCAGCAGCUUUUAGCUACCGUUAAGGGUUGUUAAA